CACACACACACACACACACGCACACCCUCUGCUGUUCUCAGUAGGAGUGAGGGAGCAGAGACAGACACGGUUCCAACCUCUCCUCGCUCCUUUGGACACCUUUCCAUUAUUGCAUUAUAUAUGCGCUUUUUCUUUGUCCUCUCUCAAAGACACGUUCUUCUUCUGCAGUAUCGCAGGCGCAAAGUUAGUUUUCUUUGAAUUGCUCCUUUGACUUGAAACAGCAUGCAGUUCCCUCCGACUGAGGCAGAAGCCGAGUGCGCAAUCCUCGGGACUCGGUGAGCACGGCAAUGCCUCGGAUAUGCUGGAGAUUACACUACGAGGAAUGGCCAAGUCCUAAAUCGGGAAUUGCAUUCAGCUUGCACGGCAGAAAUGAUGAUUUUAAGUGAUCAGAGAGCACAGCCGUGCACGGUGAUGGAUGCGCCGCCUUUUGGGAUUUAAGCAGGGCGGAUGGAGAGCCGUGCGCCCAAGCGCGCCUCUCUCACCGUCUGACUGCUUCACAUCGCCUUUAUUCGGCGUUUGCAUGCCUUCACUCGGAUCUGCAGUUAGUUUCACGUUAAUGCCAGGAAUUUAGGCGUUAAUGCUGUAAGUCAGGGAGAAAAAAAAUGUUGAACAACGUUUUGCUGCUGAGCGUUUUGACAGUCACCGGCUUCUCCUCGCGGACGGAGAGCCGCAAAACUUCGAAGGACAUUUGUAAGAGCCGCUGUCCGUGCGAGGAGAAGGAGAACGCGCUAAACAUCAACUGCGAGAACAAAGGAUUUACGAGUGUGAGUUCGUUUCAGCCGCCGCAGAAUAAAAUAAGCCAGCUUUUCCUGAACGGGAACUUUCUCACGAGACUGAACGCCAACGAGUUCGUCAAUUACGGUAAUGUCACAUCUCUCCAUUUGGGCAAUAACGGGCUGCAGGAGAUUAAAACGGGGGCGUUCAAUGGCCUAAAAAACCUCAAACGCCUCCAUCUGAACAAUAACAAUUUGGAGAUUAUAAAAGAAGACACGUUUUCUGGCUUAGAAAGUUUAGAGUAUUUGCAGGCUGAUUACAAUUAUAUAAGUGCCAUAGAGGCAGGUGCGUUCAAUAAGCUGAACAAGCUCAAAGUCCUCAUACUGAAUGAUAACCUUUUGCUCUCUCUGCCUAACAAUAUAUUCCGAUUUGUGAUGCUGACACAUUUGGAUCUGAGAGGAAACCGGCUGAAGACGCUGCCAUUUGCUGGCGUCUUGGAGCACAUAGGUGGCAUUAUGGAGAUACAGCUGGAGGAGAACCCCUGGAACUGUACGUGUGACCUCGUGCCGCUCAAGGCCUGGCUGGAUACCAUUGCAGUGUUUGUGGGCGAUGUUGUUUGUGAGACGCCGUUUCGUUUGCAUGGCAAAGAUGUUACACAGCUCAUAAAGCAGGACCUGUGCCCCAGGCGCAGUACUGGUGACUCGACUCCUCGUGCCAUGCAGCCACCACCUCCUGAUCCCCAGCAUCGGGUCCCAGUACCUACAUCACGCACACAUUUUGCGCCAACUAGGGCACCUAAGGCAUCACGCCCUCCCAGGAUGAGGAGCCGCCCUACUCCGCGUGUUACUUCUGGCAGGGACAAGCAUGUAUUUGGCCCGAUUAUGGUUUAUCAGACAAGGUCCCCUGUACCUAUGACAUGCCCCGGUAUCUGCGUGUGCACAUCCCAAAGCCCGGACAGUGGACUGAACGUUAACUGCCAAGAGAGGAAGCUUCACAACAUCUCUGAUCUGCAACCCAAACCCUCAUAUCCAAAGAAGCUACAUUUAACUGGCAACCAUUUGCAGAUCAUAUACAGAGCUGAUCUUACAGAAUAUAGCACCCUGGAACUUCUCCACCUGGGGAAUAACAGAAUCGCUAUUAUUCAGGAUGGGGCCUUUGAGAAUCUGACCAAUUUGCGCAGACUUUACCUCAACGGCAACUAUAUUGAAAGUUUAUCCCAGGCCUUGUUUGCUGGGCUACAGAGCUUGCAGUACCUCUACCUAGAGUACAACAUUAUCAAGGACAUUUUGCCAAACACGUUUAACUCACUGCACAACCUGCAGCUUCUCUUCCUCAACAACAACCUGCUGAGGUCCCUCCCUGACAAUGUGUUUGGGGGCACAAUGCUUACAAGGCUCAAUCUCAGGAACAAUCACUUCUCACAUCUGCCAGUGAGCGGGGUCCUUGACCAGCUCUCUGCAUUUGUCCAGAUUGAUCUCCAGGAGAACCCAUGGGAGUGCACUUGUGGCAUUGUGCCACUAAAGAACUGGAUGGAGCUGUCCAGCACUAGCGUGGUUGUCAACGAGAUCACGUGUGACUCUCCCUCAAAGCAUGCAGGUCGCCUCCUGCGAUCCUUACGCAACGAUGCUAUCUGCUCCGAGAAUGACGAGACUCCGGCACCAGCCACCAAGGCGCCAACCAUUAUCAGCAUUAGCACUGAAGUCACUCCUUCCUCUGCUGCGACCCCUACAGAAGACACACAGCCUGAAACACACCCGGAAGUACCCUUGUCUGUACUUAUCUUGGGCCUGCUUGUUGUGUUCAUUCUCUCAGUGUGUUUUGGGGCUGGUAUCUUUGUCUUUGUGCUCAAGCGGCGCAAGGCAGUCGAGACUGUCCCAGCUACUGCGGCUGCCAAUAGCCUAGAUCUGAGCUCUUUCCAAGCGCAUUAUGGCCACUAUGACACAGAACAAAGCACAGGUAAAAGAGAGGGCCAUGUCUACAACUACAUCCCUGCCGCUGUUGGCCAGAUGUGUCCAAAUCCCAUCUACGUGCAGAAGGAAAACGAGCACGUAGCCUAUUAUCGCAACUUGAAAGAACUGGGUUUUGGGGCACCAGAGCCCAAGAGGGAGGAGUUUGGUCGUAGUCCCACUUACACAAUAAGCACUUUGGAACGUGUGGAUGAGAAUCCCCAACAUGGCAGCUGUGAACCUGAACUGCUCUACCAGAACGUGGCAGAGAGGGUAAGAGAGCUGCCUACCACUGCUCCCUUUGGCUACAGCUUUUGCACUCUGCCCAAAAGGCCAUUAGCGCCACCAUACGAGGCUGCAGGGCGGCCCAACCGGGAGCGACUGAACAAAACUGUCUUGUAUGGGACGCCAAGAAAGCACGCUGAACAGCUGCUCCCUGCGAAGCUGAAAACGGAGCCGGACUACCUCGAGGUUCUGGAGAAACACACUGCAAUGAGUCAGCUGUGAAAGCUAUCCCACACACUCUUUAUUAUCUCUUUAUUGUAACAAAAAUGAUAUCAAAAUGUGUCAUCUACAUUUUCGACCACACAAGACUCGAACAGCAGACAAUGCAACCUAAAGCCUUUUCAUCUUCAUCUUUCUGAAGCUGUACAAAUUAGUAAGGAAAAAAAGUAUCUACAAUUUAAAGAUGAUAUAUUAUUUUCUCUAAGGUUUAAAUUAUUUCCUCUACUUGAAACAUAAAGACUGUAGCAGUUAUGGCAAGAAUAUGUAUAAUAAUAAUGCUUAAUGCUAUUUUAUAUGAAGUAUAUAUUUUUUCUCAGAGGAGGACAAUGUUCUUUUCAGAAGCAGGUUAUUGAAUCAUGCAGUGACAUUGCUGUGUUGGUAUUAUGGUGGGAAGUUGGAUAUACAAUAACUAUUCACAUCCACUUCAAUCCUUUUAUUCCAGAAGUGCCUUUGCACUUAAAGAAUUUUAUCUUUGCUUUCUGUGAAUUGAAUUUUUUAUAAGUGCUGUAUUUUAAAAAGGAACUCUGUAAAAUAGAAUUAUUUGUCCAUUGCAUUAAACGGAAAAAAAGGAAAAUAUACUCAACUGGUAGACAUUUUGGACUUUAGUAUGUGUAGUUUUUAAUAUACUUUGAGUGGAUUGGACAGUGGGUUUAUGGCAUAAUUGCUGUGUGUGUGUGUGUGUGUGUGUGUGUGGUUUCCUGAAACUACUUUUUGUUAGGGAAAUGUAUUAUAUAUGAUACAGAUGUGCGUAGACCAGUUUUUUUUUUUUUUUUUUUUUUAGUCCUGGUCCUAGAGACGUCAGUGCUACGUUAGUGUUUCCAGCUCUAAAAUCUCUGCUUUUAAAAUGAUGAAAUACUUGUCAGUGAGCAGAUGAGUUACAUCUGGUGGGUAAGAGUAGAAAAAACAUUGAAAUGUGGAUUUAAAAAAUGUUCACCCUACACAUUUCAUGAAUUAUAAAUAGGCAUCUAUAUAGGCAUCUAUACUUUCAAGAAUACUGCUCCUGCGUCUAUAUGCAGCAGAAUGCUGGAGAAUACAGCUAAAUGCGUCAUGCUUAGUUGUUCUAUAAAAUUUAAACAAAAUUGUAUUAGCAUUAAUUUUGUUUAGCUUGAGAGGAGCAUUGCAUGCCCCUUUACAUAGGUGAAUUUAAAUCUUUUUAAAUAAUCGCUGCUGUCCAAGGUGCUAAUGAGGGCCCAGUCCUGGUUACAACUCUUGCAUACCAAGACAUGUAUUACCAUUUUAUUUUAUUCUCAGUUGCUUACAUGCUGUGAAGUGUGUUGAGAUUUGAAAGCAAAAGUUUAUUUGGCAAAGUGGCUAAAACUGGCUUUAUUACUUUCCAUUCAUCCACUGUUCAUUGCACUUCUGCCUGCAGUUGUGGUUCAAAUAAAUAUUCUCUGGCCAUCUCAUGAAUUAUACACUUCUGAUCUGGUUAAAUAUGUGCGCAAAGGCUCUGAACCGCUCUCGUGCAAAGUGAAGUAAAUGUUUACCCCUGUGGAAACAAGGGGAUCUGAGGCCGCCACGCUUGGUGGUGUACAAGUGAGGGAGCGUUUUUCAUCCUGUUUCAAAUAGAGUGAUUUUCUUUGCCUGGUACAAUAGGCCUCUGUGUAGCUGUUUCCUGAUGUGGCAGAGAAUGGAGAUACUGUGCAAGGAUCGCAUACAAAUGAAGAGGGGGGAGGCAGUACUAGCAGAACACUUCUCUUGUUAACAUAGUGCGGCUGCUCAAAAUGGAGACGUCACGCCUCAAGUUUGAAAUAAAUCACGGCCUUUAAUUGGUUUAUACAGAACGAGUGGGAGUGGUGUUGUGUCAUCGAUGCAAAUUCAUUGACUUUCAUUUUAUUAGAGAGAAACUAAGAGGCAGCUCCCUGACCUUAUUGGAAAUAGUGCAUGUUUGUGGGUGCAGGAUUUCUGGAUUAUGCUAUCAAAUUAGUCAUUUCUGCAUGAUAAAAUUGUGUACAGUAAGUUUUUAAAUUCUAAGACACUUUUUUUUUCACAAUACUGCUUGCUGCAGAUGAAUAGUAGAGAGAGCUUGCCUGCAUUGCUGUGCUGCAGCGUUUCAUAGCGCAGUGUGCACAGAGAGAAGGGAAGCCACACUGAUUAAUUGUAGAGAGAAUUUUGGAGUUCCUGUGGUGUUGCAUCAAUGCCCCAUGCAGUGUUUGUGCCAAGGGCCACUGGUCUAUGCCAUGCAGCUGGAAACGAUCCGGCUUCCAUCUUAAAUCAGUGAGAUCGACAGCAGACGCUUGCUGCUGCAGGCUUGCCUUUGAGCCAUCUAGACUUAUUUUAGCCUCUCGGACAACUUUGACUUUCUUUGCAGGACCCGGUCACAUUCCUGUAUAACUGUGCCUAAUUUUAAUCUAAAGUUUUUUUCUUUGUUCUUGGGAAAUUAAUAUUCACUUUUCAUUGGCUUGCUCAUUAUUUUGGAAAGCCAGCCUUUCUUUCAACAUCAGUUUUAUUAUUAAUUUAAAAAUAAUACCAGAAUAUGGCAAAUAAUUAAAAAAAUGACUGGAGGUUAGGAGAGGUUUGUCAUCCUCUAGAAAAAAAUAUAUAUAUUUCCACUCCAAACAAAACAAAACAAAAAAUCCUGUAUUACAGCAGUCUUAAUUAUUUAGCCUCACCAGAUAAAGUCCUAUCACAUUGUUCACAUUUGUAAUCAUUAGAUUUGUUGGGUAAACAUUAUUCAAGUGUUAUAGCAGGGGUUUGUUGUUUUAUGCUAACAAAGCAAAUGUCUUUACAGAUCAUUAGGCAGUAAAAUGCCAAUAUGGAAAUGUCUCAGGAGGAAAUGACUAGGGUUUGGCUCUAAGGAGAUUGAUGCAUUAAAGAUGUUUGCCUGAGAGACACACAACCAUGGUGUUAGCUUAGUGGAAUUUUGUGGGUAGUCUAAUUACAAGGUUACACAAGCAUAACAUUUUGCACCUUAUUAAUAUGCUAAACAUGACAUUAUAUAUGAUUAUUGUUCAUUUAGAGCAGGAACACACCUUAAACCAUCUUCAUUGAUAUUUGCAACGUAAAGUAGAGGGGUGAGGCAAUGCCACUAUCUUUAUCUGUUUAAUGCUCAAAAUAGGCAUGCUCUUAAGGGUUUUUGGGUCAAUGUUUAAAAAAUUAAAAAGACAUGAUUUAGAGAAUUAAGUCAAUAUGCCGUAUAUCAAGAAAAAAGUCAUAAAAUUUGAUAUUAUAAGAAAAAAAAAUUGCAAUAUUUGGAGAAUAAAGUCUUAAUAGGAUUUGGUGAAUUUAUACUUUAGCAAUGAUUUUACAAAUCAAGAAAUAAUAAAUUUUUCUGGUGCAUCAGCAUCAGAUUAUUAUUAUAAAUAGAAUUUUGAAAUGACUUUGAAACCAGAAAUUGCAUUUAUUUAGAAGAAAGUACCACAUGAACUUGGAGGAAAUGGUUUGUUGUUAAUGGAGAAAUCGCAUCAGUGGUUGUCGACGGUUAUAUCUGCAAUGUAACUCCAGUUCACUCAGUUCAGCAAUCGAGCCUCUAAUUUUUUAUGGAACAUGAACUCGGAAAUAAGGCUAAAGUUUAUUGUACGAGUCUGUAUGCCAUGAUGCAUUGGGGGCACAACACUGAGCAGGCUGGAGUUCCACUCGUUCUGGAUCGAUAAUUUUGAUUAUCAUUCUCGUUGUCUCCUGUGAAACUACACAUCCUCUUUCAUACGUGACAUUUCGUCAAAGCGCUGCGACUUUAUUCUUGAAAUAUUAUGACUGUUUUCUCAUAAUAUCAGAUAUUACGACUUUUUCUUGAAAUACUAUGACUUUUUCUCAAAAUAUUAUGAUUUUAUUCUCGAAAUCUUGCAUUUUUAUUUUUCUAAACAAGGGCCCUAAAACACUGUAGUAUAUCCUAAACCUGAAAGCUUCUUUUUUUUAAUUAAUUAAUUAAAAAUGAACCUUACCACUAUGUCCCUGAAACACUGGAAAACACUGGGGAAAAAAUACCCAGAGAUAUUAACAUCAGCACUGUCAGCAUGGUGUGUGGCUCUGACAAUUCUGCCUCUGACAGUUCCUCAACCUCAGCUACAUCACUCCACUUCAUAAUUGGUCACAGCUAGAAGAUUGUUUAAUCCUGCUUGCACAGUUAUUUUUGUUUGCACCUGCCCACAAUAUUUUCUAACAAAUUUAGUUGGGUCUAUUUUCAAAAAUAUAAACGAACUACUAGCCUAAUUUAAACCACCACAGCCCUGACCAGGCAUUUACUAAGGAUGAAUGCAUGAGCAUAGUAAAUGCAUGUUAAUGAACAUGGUCUUUCUUGGGUCUGCAAGCUUCAUAUCUGACUGCUCGCUCAUGCCUCACUGAAAGUAAAUAUCUUGUAUGAUGUUUUUGUUGAAUCCCAGUCCUGAUGUACACCUCUAGUGUCAACCAUAUGCCCUGUAACAUUUCUGGCAAGCUUUCUAGAAAAAAAAGAAAAUAAUAAAUCAUUAGAAAUCAUUAAAUUCACAUCGUAAACAAAAUAGUCCUUAUUAACUUUUGUCAUAUCCAUAUAAAUUGCAUUGGUUUAACCUGAUUUAUAUCCAGAGUUGGCAGGUUAUAUUAAGGAAAUGGAGAAAAAUAAAUGUAAUUCGUAUUAAGAAAAUAUUUAAUUAAUAAAAUUAAUUUUCUUAAUUAAGAAAUUUAAAAAAGAAGCAUAUUUGUAUCUGUAUUAGUAUUUGUUUAGAAUACAUCUGCUUAUUCCCUAUAAUGUAUUCAUAUUUGCUUAAAUUCCUACUGUGAGGUAUACUUUUUGAUUUUUGUACAUGUGAUUUUGUUUGAGCUCUCCAGCCAGUGCUAUUUAUCUCAAUAUACCUGUACUAGCUAUGACGAUCGGCAUCAUGGUGACUCAUACAUUUUAACAUCAUGACAAAUGUUAGAUAUGAACCCAUUUUAGUUCUCAUGGGCUUUAAUAUAGACCAUUUUCCAGACAACCCUAUGGUUAUUUCACUGAGAGUGAAUGCAUGCGUUUGACUGUUGUUGCUUAUAGAGAAUUGUCUUCUAGCUAAAGCAAGCAAUCAUGUGAGUCAGCUUCAUGUGAGCAGGGCACAGAGGUAAAUGUGUAUCUUAUUCCAUUUCUUUUCCUAGAAACUUUUCAUGGUUCAUUGCCAAAUCUCUUGGUGGUCUAAAUCAAACUAGAAGAAAGUAUAGCACGUAGGAUGUCAGAGGCCUGGACAUCUUAGUGGGAGGACUAAUAAACACAGCAAACUUUUUUUUUUUUUUUUUUAUUAGACUGUCUGGUUUUGAUUUAAAGCCUGUCAUUUUAAACCACCAUUCAAUCUCAGCCAUUAGUUUAACCACCAUAUUAUUUGUGGCUUUGCUUGCUGGAAGAUUUUACCAACACUUAAUAUGCCUCAUUAGGACAUGAGGAGAAAGUGUAAGGUGAAUAAUGCAGCAGUGCUUUGUUUUCAGUGCACUCCUCUGAUGUAAUUAUAAGUUGCUCACAGCAAAGGCACCUUAUAUAUCGAAAUUAACAGUCACAUUGAAGUUCUUCAGUAUGCAUGAAAAUUAGAUGGCCAUUGAAUCCUGCUUCUACUGAACAUCCGCACUAACACUAACACUAACACAGUCAAGCGUGUCUUGUCUUCUUGAGUCUUCUUGUAUAAGAUCAGGAAGUGAAUGUGCAAUUGUCUCACCCUGAAAUUUGGGCAUGAGAUUUAUUUUGCUUAGGAGUUCCAGAGAUGCUCCGUAAUGCAAUUAAGUAAUAAGAUACUGCUUGUUUUCUCAUUCCAUCAGCCAAAAAAAGAUUACAGCAAUACUGCAGUGUCCUCUCAUCCAAAAAUAUACUAUUGCUGUGUGUUAUCACUGAAAAUCAAUGCUGUUUUCCUUGGACUUGUGCUGCAAUAUGUUCAAUGGGAAAUCUUGCAGAUCUCUGAGAAACCCACUGAGACUCCUAUAUUGCAUACAUACUCUAUAUUAUUUAUAUACAGUAGGUGUGUAUGUAUGUAUGUAUGUACGAAUGUCUGAAUGUAUUACGGAUAUAACCAAAUAUGAAUACAAUAUUCAGAAUGAACAGAUAAUGUUUUCUAACCAGAUACAAAUACAAAUACAGAUACGAAUAGGGCACUUUAUUUCUUUUUUU